CCACAUGUAGAAAUCGUCACGUCACUAUUAAACUUCUUUCGCCAGAAAAACGUCAACCGCGACAUUGCCACUUGCCGCUGCUAGAUUUCUUACGUGUCUCUAUCUCUAUCUUUGUCUCUCUCUCUCUCUCUCUCUCUCUCUCUCUCUUUCUCUCUCUCUCUCUCUCUAUUGCCCGGCCAACAUCCAACAUCCUGUUCGUGGAAUUAUGCGUCUAGCACGCACGUAACGCGCUGUUCUUGCAGAUCAUCGCUAUUGAAUCGUUCAAAAAGCGGAUUUUGUGAUACUUUAUUCUAUUUGCAGCAGAAAUAAAGACCGUGGUGACAGACGAAGGAUCACGAUUUCAUCGCGCGAGAGGGCCAAGCCCGCCCUCCUCCUAUCAGAAAAAAACUUGAAAAAUGAGUAGAACAAGGGAACAAGCAGGCCCGUCUAAAUCGUCGGGAUCCGCGGGCUCCGCGGAAGAGAAGGAGAAGGAUGACAGGAUGUUUGAGUGCAAUAUUUGUUUGGACACUGCAAAAGAUGCGGUAGUCAGUAUGUGCGGCCAUCUCUUUUGUUGGCCAUGUCUACAUCAAUGGUUGGAAACUAGACCCUCCAGACAGGUCUGUCCAGUAUGCAAAGCUGCUAUAAGCAAAGACAAAGUCAUUCCAUUAUAUGGACGUGGUGCCACAAAGCAUGAAGAUCCGAGGAACAACGUACCACCACGUCCAGCCGGUCAAAGAUCAGAACCGGAGGCCAAUGUCGGUUUCUCCGGUUUCGGUUUCGGCGAUGGUUCCUACAUGUCUUUCGGCAUUGGCACUUUUCCGUUUGCUUUUUUCACGUCAACCUUUAACUUCGGAGAAGCACGACCAAGCGCAGCUCCUAGAGGUACGCCGCAAUAUGAAGAAGAGCAAUUUUUAUCUAAAGUAUUUUUAUGGUUAGCAGUAAUAUUCAUCUGCUGGCUGCUGAUGGCAUAACAUUGCUCCUAAAUUUGAAGACAUUAAUUAAUAACUUGCAAUAAUUUGUCUUAUUUAUAAUAUCGUUUUCUAUGAUAAUCCUAACGCUCCAGUGGUUUCUAUCUUCACUUUUUGGAAAAAAAAUUUAUGUAUGUUUCAAAAAACCAUCCAAUUAAAAUUUC